AUGCCGUCCACACUCUAUGUCCCCGUGCUCUGCGCGGGCAUGCUCCUCACUGGCUCCAGUAAUUCGCUAUGGAGCAAGUGGCAGGACAUGCAAUGUGUAGAGAACUGUGACGGUCCUAACCCUGUCCUGUAUGAGCAACCGGUGUGGCAAACCCUACAGAUGUUCCUCGGAGAGAUGCUUUGCUUCCUUCCCGUCAUCUUCUCUUGGCUGCGUGCACGGCGCCAGGCUCAGCCGUUGAGCCUUCCUGCGGAUUCCGAAGAGGAGCCAGCCGCCGGCGCAAAGGUUGCCACUCCACAAGCCCACCUCGAUGGCUGGAAGAUUCUACUUCUAUGGUUCCCUGCUGCCUGUGACCUUACCGCAACCACGCUGAUGAAUGUUGGGCUAUUAUACACGCCGGUUUCUAUCUAUCAGAUGACUCGCGGUGCCAUCGUCCUCUUCGUCGGUGUCCUCUCGGUCAUCUUCCUUCACAGACGGCUUUGGUUGUACCAAUGGAUGUCCCUUGUCACCGUGAUGGCCGGUGUUUCCUUGGUCGGUUUGAGCGGCUCUAUGAUCAAGGAUUCCGUCAAGGAACCGAGCACAAGCUUGAAUGAAGAAGAACCUGCCGGGGAGCCUGAGGUUACACGCGUCCUUGUCGGAGUGUUUCUCAUUCUUUUCGCCCAGAUUUUCACCGCUGCGCAAUUCGUGAUCGAAGAGAAGAUCAUGGGUCGGUACUCGGUGGCCCCACUUGUGGCCGUUGGGUAUGAAGGCCUAUUCGGUACACUAAGCAUCGUGAUUGCUAUGCCGCUCCUCGCGCGCUUCGCAUCCGUGUCGCCUUUCUUCGAUUUGCCUCGUGGAUGGCACCAGAUGAUCGACACCCCGGCGGUGCUCUACAGUGGGAUUGUCAUCGCCUUUUCCAUAUCGCUCUUCAACUUCUGCGGCUUGAGCGUUACGCGUCAUGUCUCCGCCACGGCUCGGAGCCUCAUCGACACGUGCAGGACCCUUCUCAUCUGGAUUGUGAGCUUGGGUCUUGGAUGGGAGGUCCUCUUGUUCCCCAUGUCCCUGCUCCAGAUCGGUGGCUUUGGUCUCCUUGUAUACGGCACACUCCUUUUCAACCAUAUCGUUGCGCCUCCGCGCUUCUUGCGACCAGCGUGGGAGGGCGUUAUUGGUACGAGCGAUGACCAAGCGGAGACGCAGACUCUGCUGGCCGAGGAAGCACUCGAAGACACCGCCGUCCUCCCGUCGGAUCUUGGCCGCAGCGGUUUCGAUGUCGUGCCCCCGCAAGAGCACCCCCACCAUGCCCACUCUCGUCGCAGCACCGGUGCUGCGACGGAGGGUGCCUAA